AUGUUUUCUCGCAGUGUACAAAGUAUUGGCCGCGUUGCCCCUAUGGUUUCUCAGCGUUUUGCUGGCAUCGGUGCCGCCAGCUCUUCCUUAUCUAGUCUUCGCCUUGCCAACAUGAAUGGCCGCACUUCUAACGUUCUUGCCUCUGCUCCCCGUCGUAUGUACCACAAGAAUGUUAUAGACCACUACAACAACCCUAGAAACGUUGGUAACCUUCCCAAAGGUGAUGCUGACGUCGGUGUCGGUUUGGUCGGUGCUCCUGCUUGUGGUGAUGUGAUGCGCCUUGCAAUUCGUGUCAACAAGGAAGGUGUCAUUGAAGAUGUCAAGUUCAAGACUUUUGGCUGUGGUAGUGCCAUUGCUUCUUCCUCUUAUGUCACUACUAUGGUUAAGGGUUUGACCUUGGAAGAAGCUUCCAAAAUCAAAAACACUCAAAUCGCCAGGGAAUUGAGCUUGCCUCCCGUAAAGUUGCACUGCUCCAUGUUGGCUGAAGAUGCCAUCAAGAGCGCUGUCAAGAACUAUCGCUCCAAGAGCUUGGAGGAGGUCGCUGCCGAUGUUGCAGCUGCAAAGCCUGCUCAAGCCGCCGGUGCUGCCUAA